CUUUUGUCAUAUCAGUCUAUUAUGAUCUGUAUUGAGCAUACAGAAAGGUAUUUGAUUUUAUAUACAUUUUACCGUUAGCGAGAUAGAAACGGGCAUUUAUUCAUCAUGCAGAAAAAAUGUGAAAGAAAAGUUGCAAAUAGUAAGUAUGAGCACAAUGCCCCGGAAAUCCGCAAUUGGUGGUUACAUCUAUUUGAGAUACUCGAAACCGAUGCUGCCAUUAAACCUGAAUGGAGAUUGUCAGUUCUAAAGGAGAUUCUCCCCGCACGAAUCCUGAAUCGAAUUCUGUUGGUGUUGAGCGUACAGGAAGAAAAGUUCAAAUUCACUCCACCUCAUGAAACGAAACGAGUAUCAAUUGUCAGUAAUAAAUCCUUUGCAACAGACAAGUCCAUAAAUAGCUCUUGUCAAAUAAGGUCUUCUUCCAAUUCGAGUUUUAUGCGACACCUAGGUCUCGCUCCAGUUGCCUGUUUGGAUCCUUAUUUGAACUUCUUUAAACGCCGCCCCGAUAGAGCAGCCAUUUGGAGGGAACUGCCACCUUUAUCCUUCGAAGAGAUGAAUCUGAAUCAAAUCGCCGAUGCUAUCACUGAAGCAAUAGCCAAAGAUUUCGUGGAAUGGGUAGCGGCUGUCGGGGGUGAUCAAGAAACUUCAGUUAAUGUAAAAAGUAUAAUAGAGAUGUUCGAAAUCGGUUCCAAAAUGAAUUGCGCCACCACUCUCUGCGUAAACUUGGAGGAAGUCGCAUCGGUAACUGAAAAAGUAGCAGAGGCGCUCAAGGCUCCUCAGAAAUCUAAACGGAAUACGCUUCACAGGGAAAUAAGAAAAGAUCAAAAAGCUUCGAAUGAAACACCAAAAAUCGUUGCUUUCGGAAGAAGGCUGCCGACCGAGUCACAAGUCGUACCUCCACAAAAGAAUAUCUACAAAAAAUGGCUGAAAUGUGAGAAAGUCCCUCAAAAAUUAGAAACUAUGGCCGCCGUCUGGCAAGGCAUCACUCAUUUGAGAUCAACCAAAUCAUUUUGUGAAUAUUUAUUUAAGGAACAUCCCGAGAUUAAGCCCCCAAAAUACUUGGUAGAAUGCGGUAUGAUGGAUCCGAAGAAAAUCUUAGGUUCACGUGGAUCAGUGGAGAAAGAAGAUAGUUUUGGAAACGUUUCAAACAGUAUAUUCUAAUUUAAAAUAUCACUGAAUCGUUUGGAAUGACAGAGAUCACUUUUAUAAUUAAGAGUUUCUAAAUAUAUUCCAGUAGAAUCAGAAA